GCGGUGCGCAGGGACCCGCGUCGGCGUUCACGUCGGCAUCCGUGUCUGUGACCGUGACCGAGUCCGCGCGUCCGCGGCGGCCCAGGCGCCCGACAUGGCGGGCUGUGUGGCCCGGCGGGCCCUGGCCGUGGGCGGCCGCUGCUGCUGCUGGUGGUCCCGGCCGCUGGCGGGGGCCCGGGCGCUGCGGCUCCUCGCGACCUUUCCCCCGGCGACCCCGGCCGCAGCCACGGCGCGGAGACACCUCUCCUCCCGAAAUCGACCAGAGGGCAAAGUGCUGGAAACAGUUGGCGUAUUUGAAGUGCCAAAGCAGAAUGGGAAAUACGAGACGGGCCAGCUCUUUCUUCAUAGUGUAUUUGGGUACCGAGGGGUCGUCCUGUUUCCCUGGCAGGCCAGGUUAUACGACCGGGAUGUGGCUUCCACUGCCCCAGAAAAAACAGAGAACCCAGCUGGCCAUGGCUCCAAGGAGGUGAAAGGCAAAACCCAUACAUACUACCAGGUGCUGAUUGAUGCCCGGGACUGCCCACACAUAUCUCAGAGAUCUCAGACAGAAGCUGUGACGUUCUUGGCCAACCAUGAUGAUAGUCGAGCCCUUUAUGCCAUACCAGGAUUGGACUACGUCAGCCAUGAGGACAUCCUCCCGUACACAUCCACUGACCAGGUCCCCAUCCAACAUGAGCUGUUUGAAAGAUUUCUCCUCUACGAGCAAUCAAAAGUUCCACCCUUUGUGGCUCGAGAGACCCUUCGUGCGUGGCAGGAGAAGAAUCACCCCUGGCUGGAGCUGUCCGACGUCCAUCGGGAAACUACCGAGAACAUCCGUGUCACUGUCAUCCCCUUCUACAUGGGCAUGAGGGAGGCCCAGAAUUCCCAUGUCUACUGGUGGCGCUAUUGUAUCCGUUUGGAAAACCUGGACAGUGACGUGGUACAGCUCCGGGAGCGUCACUGGAGGAUAUUCAGCUUGUCUGGCACGUUGGAGACAGUGCGAGGCCGAGGCGUGGUGGGCAGGGAGCCCGUCUUAUCCAAAGAACAGCCUGCUUUCCAGUACAGCAGCCAUGUGUCUUUGCAGGCCUCCAGCGGGCACAUGUGGGGCACCUUCCGCUUUGAGAGGCCUGAUGGAUCUCAUUUCGAUGUCCGAAUCCCCCCCUUCUCCCUGGAGAGCAAUAAGGAUGAGAAAACACCCCCUUCUGGCCUUCACUGGUAGGGCAGCUCAGGAUCCAUGCCCGGCUGUGGCCUGCCUGAAGAGUGACCCGCAGAGCACUGGGCUCUUCUUUCCCUUCUCAUGGGCCACCGUGGGCUUGGCAUCUUUUGUAAUUUGUUCUAUUUGGUUGUAGUUUUUUGGGUUGUGUGAUUGUUUUCUCUGAAGACCCACAUUGGGCUCCUCCAAAACCAGCCUUUCCUGCCCUGCCCGUACUGUGUCUUGGUAAACCUUUCCAAGCAGGAGCCCACCCUGUUUGGCUGCCACAGGAGACAGGAGGGAUAGCCCCCCCCCCUGCCCAUUCUAGGAGUUGCUUUGGAGUGUGAGGUUUGGUCAAUAAAUCAGUGCACGCCUGGCCAUCCUCUCCA